CAUUUCUAACACUUAAUCCGUGUAUGAAAAUAUUGCAGAAUCUUGAUGUUAUAAUUGGAGACAUCACAGUUCUAGCGAGUCGCACAGAUUGUGUUGAUUUCACAAUGCCGUAUUUGGAUUCAAGCGUGUCAAUGGUGGUAAAGGUGAGGUCCGACUCCAAAAGCAGGUGGAUCCUCUUCAGCCCUUUUGAUUUGUUACUUUGGUUAAUUCUUGCUGCGAUUCUUGUGGUUGCAACUAUUAUUGUAAUCACAUUGGAAAAAAAAGCAGCGGACGAAUGUGAAGAAAGCAAAUACAAAGAAUAUGUCCGUAAUCCCUUCCUUAUUUACAUGACCGAUGUUGAGUUUUUGAAAAAUGGGAAUUCUAAAUGGUUGGUGAUAGUGGUCAUGUUUCUAUUGGGCAUAGCAGUGCAAGUUUACACAGCAAAUUUAACAUCAAUUUUAACAGAGAGGACAACGGCAAAACCUUCUCCAUGGAGGGACGUGCAAGAGAUCAGAAGGAACAAUCGGUCCGUGGGAUACCAAAAAAAUUCCUGGGUGAAAGAGCUUCUGAUUCACCAAAUAGGAUUCGAUCCAACUCGGUUAAAGCCUUUAGAAAGCCCCAAACAGUACAAGGAAGCAUUAUCAAACGAAGACAAAGAAAAAGGCAUUGUUGCUAUUUUUGAUGAAACUCCUUAUCUCAUGCUCAUGCUUUCCCAAUGCCCUUCUUGCAAGAUGACAGGACCAAUCUACAAAACUGCUGGAUUUGCUUUUGCGUUCCCAAAGAAUUCUACCUUGGUCUCGAAGUUUUCAGUUGCAAUAUUAAAAGUGACUCAAAAUGUGGUGAUGUUUGGUGAGAUGAUGAAGAGGAUAUCCUUAAACACUACUAUUGACAAAUCUGAAUUCAAAAGUGGUGUGGAGACACGAAGUUUGACAAUAGAAGACUUUGGAGCCCUUUUCCCAGUAGCAUGUGUUUUAGCUCUCUUCUUCGGCCUUUCAAUUCUGAAACCUCAAUGGCUGCAAAAGAAAUGGAUUUCUUGUUGGACAGUGCGCGGCGGAGGAGUUAUAUAUUGA